AGCCAUUGCUCUACAAUGGGGAGGCCACCAAAUUUACAGAAAAGUGUAUCAGAUCAAGACCUCAGUCAGGUAACACCACAGGAAUUCUGCCGCCCAGGAAUUUGACUUUCAUGGAGGCUGAGGGACAGCAAUGGCAGGAAAUCUGAAUGUCAAGGGUUCGGCUGACAUGGAAGCUACAUCUCUUUAAAUAUGAACUGAGCUGAUUGGGACUGAGCUCGAACAACCUGACAGUUCCUCAGACUAUUUACUCCCAGUGGUGAAAAGAAAAGUGCACAAAAAUAAGAACAGCAUAAUGCCCAUGGAGACGCUUCAGCCGCCAGUGAAACAACCACUGAGAACUGCUGUAGCUGCUACACCACCACGCCUGAAGCAGAAGGGGCCAGUGGGGCCAGAGUUCUACCGGCAUUGCCCAACAUCAGCAGGAAGACCAAAGCAGAGCGCGGUGGAAAGGCUGGAAGCAGACAAGGCCAAAUAUGUAAAGAGUCAGGUCGCUCUGUCCAAGCAGCAGCCGGUCAGGCCUCCUGGACUGCGGAAGCCUCUGCUAAAGCCUGAUGCUGCAGUGCAACCCACCAGAAAGGCACCAACCCCAACAAAACCAAAGCAGGAAGGUGUUCUGUUGGAUUUGGCGCACCUCAGCAGCCUGAUUAGCGGUGUCAGCGAUGUUGCUACUGUAAACACAGAGAGAAGCAAUAAGCCUGACGGUGCUGCAGCUGCUGCACAACAGUCUCCUUGCACGGCACCUCCUGCCGCCCAGCAGAAGAAGGAGAGGCCGUGUCCACCGCCUCGUCCUGACUGGUCCAGUCCAGCUAAGGUGAGGCUGAAAGCGUCUGUGCAGGCUAAAGUGGAGAGUACCGCCUCUUCUCCGACGGCAGUGACUGUACGCAGGGUGGAUGUCAAGCCGCAGGCCCGUCCGGUGAGGAUGCCGGGCAGACUGCCACAAUACCUCCGCCAGCCGCUGCAGCCCAUAACAUUACAGUCCCAAUUACCACUCCGCCAGACAGCGUCGCACCUACGAUUAUUUUACCCCAGAAAUACACCAGGACCUUCUCCUCUGAGACCUGUUAUUGCUCCACCUAAAUGUGAUGCUCCACUUGAGGCCACAGUUUCUCCUUCCCCUCCUCCUCUCCUCCUUGAUUUCCCCCCACCUUCCCCAGCAAUUACCCGCCUGUCUUCCUCAAGCGCCAGGAAACGCCCCUCUCUGACUCGGUCCAAGUCCGAUAUGAGUGACCGAUACUCCCGAGCCGGAACAGAGCUUGAGCGUUUCUUUAACUUGUGCGGUUUGGACCCUGCCGACCUUCAGGAGUUGAAAGGACCUGGUUCUGACAUUGUGUCGCUCGCCCGGUUCCGCAGCGUGAGCGCUCCGGGGUCAGAGUGUGCAGCCUCAGAUAGAGGAGAUGAAGAAGAUGAUGAGGAUAACGGGAAUGUCACAGAGCGUGUUCCCUACGGUGUUUCUGUCAUUGAGAGGAAUGCCAGAGUGAUCAAAUGGCUCUAUGGAAUUCGUCAGGCCAAGGACAGUCCCGGAAAAACCACGAACCUAUAGGACAACCUGAAAUAGUUGAACUUUGAAACUGCUGCUGAUGGGAUCCGGUGCUGAAAUCGGUUUACCUGGGACAUAUACUCCAGUGAUAAUGAACAGAAUUUUUUCACUUGCUGUUUGCUAGUUCCAUUUUUAAGUGGAAGUUAGGAUGUAAUUUAAAGUGACAUUAGUACAUCUAAUCUUUUUGUGUUAUUUUGAGUUUUAAAAGAUUCUCAUUGUCUCAUAAUGAGGCUGUGCUUUGACUUGUUGCUGUCUGGCCCUGCAGAGUAUGAUUAGUUUGAGCAUGUAUUAAAGGCUCUGUGAUGCAAGCAUGCUGU